AUGAAUUGUCUAAGCUGGAACUGCCAAGGGCUUGGGAACCCUCGGAUAGUGAAUAACUUGCAACUCAUGGUGCAAAAUAAGUCCCCAAAAUUUGUUUUCUUAAUGGAAACAAAAUGUAAUAGAUUUAAGUUGGAAACAGUCAAAAGACAGCUAAAGUUUGACAACAGUUUUGUGGUGGACUCAAUAGGUGCAAGGGGAGGACUGGCCUUCCUUUGGAAAGAAGAAGCAGAAGCUGAAGUAGUGUCCUAUACACAACAUCAUAUCUCUUUGAUAGUAAAGGAAAUGAGAGCUGGUGGUUACUGGAUUCUUACAGACUUUUAUGGGAACCCAAUUACCUCCAAGAGACAUGAAAGUUGGAAACUUUUACAAGCACUUACACCUACAAGAUCAACUAGCUGGGUAUGUAUUGGGGACUUUAAUGAAAUUUUGAGGUAUGAUGAAAAGUGGGGAGGCCCUUUAAGACCUUAUAAUCAAAUGGAGGCUUUUAGAGAGGCAGUGUGCAGGUGUGGACUUAAUGAUAUGGGCUUUAAUGGAGGGAAAUUCACUUGGUCAAAUGGGAGAUAUGGGAAGGCAUUCACAAAAGAAAGACUGGAUAGAGCCUUCUGCAAUAAUGCCUGGGCAAACUUAUUUGUUAAUUCGAAAGUCUAUACUCUGCCAACCCUCAAUUCUGACCACAGUCCAUUGUGGAUUGUGAUGGACCUGAUGCACCCAAGCUUGAUUAGAUCCCAGAGGCCUUGCAGAUUUGAAGCCUGGUGGACUUUGAAGGCAAGUUGUUUUAAAGCAGUGGAGGAAGCAUGGGACAUACCUAGAGUGGCACCAAGCAAAAUCUUACAAAUUGUGGAGGGGCUUAAGUACUACAAGCAGAAAUUGUCUCAGUGGAGUAAUCAGCAAAGAGUUGACCAUAAGAGAGAAGUCAAAGAACAAUUAAAACUUAUAUCAACCCUACAAGACAGAAAUACAGGUCACUUAAAUGAAGAGAUCAAACAAGUUCAAAAAAGGGUGGAUUCCUUGCUGGAAGCUAAAAAUCUCAAAUGGAAACAAAGAGCAAGAAAAAGUGGCUGA